CAGGAAUUGCAAAUAAGUAGCCAUGUUGGUUAAAGAUUCGAAAUUCUAGAGUUUGCUAGUUGCCGUAUUUGAACAUCCAUUCCAAAUUCACACUCAAAUUUGUGUUAUCAUAAAAGGCCAAACAAAGCCUUGAACAAUCUAGGAUUUAUGAAAAACGAACGGGCGUGACCAGACUCAGCAGUCGGCAGGUUACCUAUCCCUUGGCUCCAGCGAACUCCUUCCUUUGUUGGCCAAACAGAUCCAUCGAGUCGGAUCCCAUGGCGAGCGGCGCUUACCCCGUGCAGCUCCUCCACCUCCCCGGCGGUGGCGGCGGCGGCGGCGGCCAAUGGCGCAACCUCGGCGGCGCCUACGCCGCCGUGACGUUCCUCCGCCCGCAGGGGCAGUCCCUGGUCCUUUACGCCGCGGGCCCCGACGGCCAGCAGCAGCAGCAGCCUCAGCGCAUCGUGUUCGUGUACCCGAUCCUCCCCGGCGACGCCUUCGAGAGGCUGGACAGCGCGACGCUGUCGUGGGCGGAGCCCGAAUCCGGGAACGGAUUCGCGCUCUGCUUCCGCGACGACGCCGCCGUGUGUGGCGCCAUCGCCCCGGUGGUGAGGAGCCCGGCGGUCGACGGCAUCGCGGACACCCUGGCGGGGCUCCGCGUGGCGAGGGAGGAGGCCGCGCCGGCGCCCGGCGGAGGGGACAUCGCCGCGCGGCUCGCGCAGCUCAGCAUCGGCCGCCCGUGAACUGAAAUCUUGGCGGAAAAAGCCAACCAGCUACCGCUCAUACAGACUUGAGCUAGGUUUCAGUUUUCAGUUAGGCCGUCGUCGUCUUCAGUCGUUGUCGUCUUGUCGACGCGAUUCAUCUGGUCGCCUGUUUAACCUGUACAUAUAUACACUGCAGUAGUAUCUGCUAAAUCUGAUGGGAUCAACAAUGGCAGUGCUCUUCUCUCAUGUUUCUCUCUACGAUUGCAAGAUUUGUUCUUCAGGUGCUUGAACCGCAGCUUCUACUUCCAGAAGCUAGAAUGUUUGAAACACUAGUUUCUCUAAAUGCAGACCUGUAACUAUCA